CUCUCUUCCCCACUGGGGUAUGAAGCCUCAAUUUAUCCCGCAGCGAUUUCGGUUACUUUAACCUGCACAAAGAUUAAAAAAGUCUUGGCUUUUCUUCUUCAUCACCUAUAGCUCCCAAUCUCAUUCAUCCCUCUUUUUGUCUUUCUCUAAUCUCAUUUCUUUUUAUUUUCAUUUCUUUCUUAAACACUCUCCUUCUUCUCUGUAAACUACUUGCACAUGCAUGCUAGUUUACACCCGUGAAGCGUUAUAAUUUUCUCUUCACAUUUGGCAAACUGUGUAGCAAAAUGCCAACUUCAGUUUCAUUUUUGAGGCAACUUAGUGGAAAAGAAACUUGGAGGUCAUCGUCUUGGAGGUGGGGAACCGGUGGUAGCAACAGUUACUGCAGUGAAAAUAGGCACUGCGGCGAGGGAAGUUUGAAGCAAAUGGAAGGGCUAAAUCAGUACGGUGUUGGAGACAAUGGUGGGUCGGUGAUGAGGAAGAGAGUAAUGGUUUUAGUGGAUCAAACUUCUCACUCCAAACAUGCAAUGAUGUGGGCUCUUACUCAUGUAACCAACAGGGGCGAUUUACUCACCCUUCUUCAUGUCAUCCCUCCUCCUUCCCACCUCCAUGACUGUUCUUCAAAUCAUUCUCCUGUCCUCGCUAACUCCCUUGGAGCUCUCUGCAAGGCCUGCAGACCUGAGGUGGAAGUUGAAGCACUUGUGAUCCAGGGACCAAAGCUAGCCACAGUGAUAAGCCAGGUUAAAAAGCUAGAGGUAUCUGUUCUAAUAGUGGGUCAAAAGAGGCCCUCCCCAUUCAUUAACUGCUUCGUUGGGACCAGCAGAACCGAGGAGUUUGUGGAGCAGUGCAUAAAAAAUGCCGAGUGCUUGACUGUUGGAGUGAGGAAGCAAAGCAGAGGGAUGGGAGGAUACCUUAUCAGCACUAGAUGGCAGAAGAACUUCUGGCUUCUGGCUUAAUUAUGUAUUAAAUUAUUAAUCGUCAGGAUUACAAUAUUAGGCCCAUGUAUAAGCUAAGCGUAUGGCAGAUAAAGAUAAUUAAGUUCUGUAAUAACAGCACAUCUAAUCUAAUAUUAAUAUCUGUACCAA